GGCUAUUAAAUGUAGGUUUGAAUAGAAUAGACCUACUUCCUAGUUGGCUGUGGCCCGUUACGCCGCUGUACAGAGAUGGUAACAGGUUUCUAGACUAGAAGUGAGCCUCUUGCGCGCUCAGAGAGGAAGGAGGCGGUCGGAGUGACGGUGGCAUCGUAUUCGCUUUCCAACCCCUGUUUGCGCACCGCUGUGACUGGAUAUGUGUUUUAGACCCAUUAACACACGUGCUUCUACUUUAUAGCAUGUGAGAGGAGGACGCGCGCACGCAUACACACACACACACUCUCUCUCACACACACGCCCGGCAAAGCUCGCGGUGGUGGAGAUGCCAUGCCUCGGAACCACGGCGGAGAUGAAGGCGGCAGCUGCUCCGGGCUCUGGAUGAGGACUUCGCCGGGUAAAGAUGUGGAGUCGGGGCGGAGGGUGACGAUGAUGAACAGCGCGGGAGACGGGUUGCUUUCCGCCUCCUCUGGCUCCUCGGCUGCAGGUGGAACCGGGUCCGACAGCCUGAGAGGGAAGCGGGGAGCGCGGCUAAGUCUCUUGGGCAAGCCGCUCAUCUACAGCGCACAGAGCGGCCGCAGGAACGUCCGAUACCGCCGUCUCCAAAACUAUCUGUACAACGUGCUGGAGCGACCACGAGCCUGGGCCUUCAUCUACCAUGCGUUUGUGUUUAUCCUGGUGUUCAGCUGCCUGGUCCUCUCUGUGUUCUCCACUAUCCCUGGUCACCAGGAAACCUCCUCCCGCUCUCUGCUCAUUCUGGAGUUUGUGAUGAUUGUGGUCUUCGGUCUGGAGUAUAUUAUCCGUAUUUGGUCGGCCGGAUGCUGUUGCCGUUACCGAGGAUGGCAGGGCCGCCUACGAUUUGCCAGGAAGCCUUUUUGCAUCAUAGACAUCAUCGUACUGAUUGCGUCCGUGGCGGUGGUCUCAGCGGGGAGUCAGGGAAACAUCUUUGCGACGUCUGUGUUGCGGAGCCUGCGCUUCCUGCAGAUUCUCAGGAUGGUGCGGAUGGACCGGAGAGGAGGCACCUGGAAACUUUUGGGCUCUGUGGUCUACGCUCACAGCAAGGAGCUGGUGACUGCCUGGUACAUUGGUUUCCUGGUUCUCAUCUUUUCUUCGUUCCUUGUCUAUUUGGUGGAGAACAAGUUUAACAAAGAGUUUGCGACCUAUGCUGAUGCUCUGUGGUGGGGCACGAUCACCUUGACAACCAUUGGUUAUGGAGACAAGACACCAAAGACGUGGACAGGAAGGAUGCUGUCUGCAGGCUUCGCUCUCCUGGGGAUCUCUUUCUUUGCCUUGCCAGCGGGCAUUCUGGGCUCAGGCUUUGCCCUCAAAGUUCAGGAGCAGCAUCGGCAGAAGCACUUUGAGAAGAGGAGGAACCCAGCCGCCUACCUCAUCCAGUGUGUGUGGCGUAGUUAUGCAGCUGAUGAGAACUCAGUUUCCAUUGCUACCUGGAAGCCUCACUUGAAGGCGUUGCAUACCUGCAGUCCCACAAAGAAGGAGCAGGGCGAGUCAAACACAAGCCAAAAGUUGAGUUUCAAAGAGCGUGUGCGGAUGGCCAGCCCCCGUGGUCAGAGCAUCAAGAAUCGGCAGACCUCUUCAGUAAACGAUCGGCGCUCCCCAGUGGCAGACACUGGUACUGAGGGAACAAGUCCAGCCAAGGUCCAGAAGAGCUGGAGCUUCAAUGACCGUACCCGCUUCAGACCCUCACUGCGCCUCAAGAGUCAAUCACGCUCCACUACAGAUGCAGACUCCAACAUGGCCGCCGAGGAUGCCUUUGAUGACAAGGGCUGCCAUUGCGAGAUCUCGGUGGAAGACCUGCUGCCCUCAGUCAAGACAGUCAUUAGAGCUGUCAGGAUCAUGAAGUUUCACGUGGCUAAGAAGAAGUUCAAGGAGACGCUGCGUCCAUAUGAUGUGAAGGACGUGAUCGAGCAGUAUUCAGCUGGACACUUGGACAUGCUUUGCCGCAUCAAGAGCCUCCAGACCCGGUUGGACACGAUAGUAGGCCCCCAGUCUCUGAGCAGCCGAGCACGGAUCUUUUCCUCCCCCUCCCUGCCUGUGUAUUACAGCCAGGGCCGAAAGAACUCCACCCAGGGAGUGGAUCAGAUCCUGGGCAAAGGUCAGAUUCCUCUGGACAAGAAGAUCCGAGAGAAGCUGCUUUCAGAAGGAGACCUCCUAGAGGACAUGAGCAUGCUGGGCCGUGUGUGCAAAGUGGAGAGACAGGUCCAGUCCAUUGAGUCAAAGUUGGACUCUCUCCUCGACAUCUAUCGGCAGGUUUUGAGGAAAGGAUCCUCCUCCGCUCUCACUCUGUCCUCUCUGCCUCUGUUUGAGCUGGAGCAGACGUCAGACUACCACUCCCCUGUCUUCAGUAAAGAUGUGUCCUGCUCCACUCAGGUUAGCAGUGGCACAGCACCAUCUGCAGGCUGUGUCACACGCUCCUCCACCAGCUCUCAUCUGUCCCAGGGAGGACUGCACCUGGUCCUGGCCCCGCCCAAUGAGCUCAAUCUGAAUAUGAACGCCUCCUCUUCCACCCCUCCCUCCACCUUCAGCCCCUCACCUCUUCCCCAUCACAGCCACCAUCACCACUACCCCAAUCGUCGCCACCGCCAGCCCCCCACACCCGAGAGCACAGAUGAGGUGGUGGGCAACUCUCCUCCCCUCCUCACUCCCAACAGUGUCUCCAGUGGGGGCCUGGGGGAUGGGGGAUUCCCUCUCCUGGCCAGGCUCCCUCCUCCACCCCCUCCCAGCAAUGGAGGAACAAACAAGCUGGUGCGGGCUACCUCUAUAGAAGUUCCACCCGAAGUUAAUGACUUAGUUGGUGGUAUGGGGACCCAGGGAGACGUGGAGGACCCUGGCCCAAGGGAGCAUGUGGGUGUGGGUCUGGGAUUGAACCGCCUGGGCCUUCAGCUGCAGGGAGGUACGAACAACACCAAGCUGAACGCCAAGGAGGAGGGCUCCUGGAGGAGGCACAUGAGCUUGGAGCUGGAGCCUCUAGUGGCCCCUGUGCACAGCUGCUGUUCUGGGACCAUCCCGGUGGACAGGGGCCUGGGGAAAUCCAUGUCUGUGCAGGACCUGAUCCAGAGACGCCAGAACAGUCAGGACUUCUGCCUGUCUUCGCCCACCCCCAGCACCAGCAGCGACUCCCCCAUCGGCUUCCACUGCAGCCAGGACUCAGGCGGAGGGGGGGGCGGUCCCCGGAGCAGUGGGGGGUGGGGGGAGGAGGACCUCUUCAUCAGCGACAGGGACACAGAAGGGCCAGGCUUUGACUUUCUCUCCUCACAGGGCUCCACUGAAGCCAAGUUCACCUCGGAGCUGCUCAGGACUGGAGCCAGGACCAUGGGCUCCACUCAAAGCCUGACCAGUGGGCACACCUCCUCCCCCUCCACCGGCAGCACCGAAUUACUCAACAUGCCCCAUGUGCGGCUAAAGUAGACCUCCACUCACAGACGCUCUGUGCUUUUGAAUGAAAUAGGAUAUAAUAAGGGGACUAUUUUUGUUUAAUCUUCUUUGACAAGAAUCACAGUAUUUUCAUACAGGCUGAUCACUUAGGAUAUAUCAUUGCACGAGUUGUUCUUUAUUUUUGAAUAGAUUAUGUCUAAUAGAGUAAAUGAAGGAUCUGUGGUUGAUUUGACACAGAACUUACGGUUAAUGUUUGCUCUGAUGCACAGAGACCUGAGACCUGAGAUGCAGCAUGAGCCUUGCAUGUUUGAAUUAAAGGAACAAGACAGAAGACACUGGCAGUUCACAAGUGAUGAAGAAAUGCUUGAAUGCCAAAACUCCAAGAGCCAUUUUUACUAAAAAGGGCCUCAUUACUAAACUGUGCAGGUGUACACAUUAUCUGAGUCAAAUCACAUGUGGGAGCACGUGCUGCCACCUGCUGCCACAAGAAUGUAUAACUUUUCUGUCUCUUCUUUUUAGUAUUUGUGAUUUUCCCCCAAAUACAUUCAUUGUCAAGUUUCAAGUAUUAUAAUGAUAAGCUUUUGCGUAUACUAUGUGACAGGAUUUUGUAAAACAUCUAAUCAUGAUAGAAAGAAGAGGUGAUAAAUCUUGAAUAAAACAUGCAGUAUGGUCAAAUUUUGAAACAAAGAUUAUCUUAACAACUAAAACAAAUUCUCAGCUAUUAGAUUAAACUGCCAAAACCUACAACUAUAUAUAUAUAUAUAUUAGUGGUGUUUUCAUACAGGGUAAUGUAGGCUCUUUUUAUUUCCUUUAAGUAGACUUUGCAGAAUGUAUUGCUUAUAUUUAUACACACAGGCACGAUCACUAUGACUUAAACUGCUGGUCAGUGACAUGAAGGAAUUACCACUCACAUUUUGCAUGGUACAAAAUUUGACUGAGAAGCAAUUGAUGCAGCACAAAGUCAUGCCCUGAAAGGUGCUGUGUAUAACUUUUCUGGAGGAAGGUCUGCCAUAUUCUUGUCUCCAUUUGAUGUUAUUAUGUCGUCUGUAAUGUUGUCACUAAUUUAUUAAAUUACAGGUGUUUUUAUUCCUCACAAAUGUAGGUAGAGACAUGUCAUACUGUGGCACAUUCUAGGCAAUGCAAUAAUCUCCAUGGAGACAAACAUGCACCUGACCCUCCUUUAGAAAAGUUAUAUAGUGCAGCUUUCAUGCUUAUGUGGACAAGACAAGUCAGUUUUGUUGGUUUAAAGUACAUAUCAAAAUGCACCAAGCAGUCAGGAACAACAUUAUGGCCAGCCCAUCUCUACAAAAUUUAAGGGAUAUACAGACACGUGCAAAACAAAGUGAUGACUUGUAAAGUCUAAACCAAAACUAACAAAGCAAAUACAUGUUUUCUAUUUAUUAAGUCAAUGUUAAAAUGUAUUCAAUUAACAUGAAUUGUUUAAAUGGGAAAUGUGACGCAAAACAUUUGUUAAAGGUAAUGUUUAGUUUUAUUUUGACAAAUGUAUAUACAUACAUUCAGUUCAAUUCAGACAUCGGGCCAGUUUUCCCUUUCUUUUUUAAUAAAACCUCUAAUCAGGAACACUCAGCAGAGAUGGAGUUUUAAGAUGUUCCAAACUUUAGGCAUUUUUCCAUUACAAUUCUUAGACAUUUUGCAGCAUAAAACAUCAUUAUAAUAUAUGAUAAAAUAUUGCUACUCCUCAUGACAUUGCCUUGUUUUUUUGCUUGAUAUGGUGUAUGGGAAUUGACAAAUCGGUACCAUUACAAUCAUCUUGUAUUUUAGUUUUGCAUGGAAGACCCCAUCCUCAGUUUACAAAACACACAAUACUUAUAUUCUGGUGCCUUUAUGAAGCAUCUUGAUAAGUGCAUUCAUUUUCUAGGCUACAGAAAUAGUUGCACUGGCUUGGUUUAAUUUUAUUUUUAAACCUGGAAGUCAUUUUACACGUGUUAUUCAGUGAUGAUUUUUCAACUGGGCAUUAGGGGCCUUGGCAUUUGUACCAAUCUGUUUCAUUUCUAUUAAUUUAUUUAAAUUAAGUGCACAUAUUUACACAAUAAUGUCAUUCAGAUUUAAGAAACCUGUUAUGUAAUGAAAAAUGCAAGUGAAAUUCCUCUUCGAAUAAAGACAUUUCUGGGACAAAUUCA